UUAACAAAUGUAAUGCUCCAACAAUAUAUUGACGAGUAAAAUAAUUUAAAUCAAACAAAUAUAGGGAUGUCGGCGCUAUUUACACGUUUGAGCUCACAAUACCGCGAGUUAAUACGUAAAUGAAUAUACAAUUAUUAUUAUUUGCUUCAUUAAUCCAGUCCUAACUGAUGAACGUCGCAAAUCGACCGCAACAUCAAAUGGGGUCAAUGAAUUAUUUAUACACAUUCCUAAUGACCCUUUUGUAUUCGUUCCGAACCUUCGUAGUCAAGUAACAAACAUCCCUUGGUUACGGGGUUGUUAGACGUGUCUGACAUUGAUAUUAUGAGACAACAAUUGAUUCCAACAGAAACGUAGUUAUUGCGUUUUCUUAGAAUCGCGAAAUAUUUUUUGGUAUUCUGACAAAAAUUAUUUAUAGACCUAUUUUAGUAAAAAACUCAAGUAACCUAAUUAAUCAAAUAAUUGAGAAACGAUCGUAUCAUCUUUGAGCGGUGCUUUAAUAUAAUUAAUCCGAGAUGACGACUAAUAAUAGACCCAUGAGCAAAAUGAGAAUGAUCGAGUCGAAAGAAGCCUUAUUCAGAGCAAGGAAACGUAUACUCAAGUACAUGGUUCUUGGUUAUUUGAAGCAGGAGGGAUAUCUGCUAACAGCAGAGACUUUUAACACAGAAGCGAAUCUUACAGGAGAGUAUGAAGUCUGCGACAAUAUUGACUUGGAUAUUAUACUCCAGGAUUAUUGCAGCUAUUAUCUUAUACGAUUUAACAAGCAGCCCCAGUUCUGUCGUAAAGUGGAGGAGAAACCAGUACGUCCGCAGACCAGGAGGGUGAAGCCAGAACGAAGCCAAGUUCUCGAUGUGGUCGAGAAAAAUGAUCUGGAUUUACCUUCUACUUUCACUGUAACGAGUUUACUGAAGGAUUUUUCAGAGAUACAGAACACAUCUACAGCUCUUGACAGGAAAUCGUUAGCCGGCUUCUUGACCAGCGCUGCUCCUGAAAAGAAGCAGUUGGCGGAGCUUCUGUACCAAAAUAUUAUCAGGAGUUCAGGAGUAACGUGGGACGAUAUUAGAGGCUUGAAUUCGGCCAAGAGUUUGUUGAUGGAGUCCGUCAUAUAUCCUGUUAGGUACCCGGAUGUGUUUACCGGGCUUCUCGAGCCCUGGCGAGGGGUGCUGCUUCACGGUCCUCCAGGCACAGGCAAGACACUGCUCGCGAAAGCAGUGGCCAGUGAAAGCUGCUGCACUUUCUUUAAUAUAUCUUGCAGCACGAUCGUUAACAAAUGGAGAGGCGAGUCUGAGAAGAUUGUAAAGGUUUUAUUCGAAAUGGCAUCGUACUACUCGCCGUCGAUAAUCUUCAUAGACGAAGUGGAGACUCUGGCCUCGGAUCGAUCUGCUGCUGGCGAACACGAGGCUUCCCGGAGAUUGAAGUCCCAACUUCUAACGGAACUGGACGGCAUAAAUGAGAGAGAAGGCAUUGUAUUUUUACUGGCCAAUUCUAAUAUGCCUUGGGAUUUGGACCCGGCUAUGUUGAGACGUCUAGAAAAAAGGAUUCACAUUCCGCUGCCGGACGCAAAAACGCGCGAAGAGCUCUUCCGGAAGUUUCUGAAUAGCAGAAACAUCGAGCUGUAUCCUAAGAUGGAUUAUAAGGAGUUAGCUUCGAAGACCGAAGGCUAUUCGGGCAGCGACAUCAAGCUGGUGUGUAAGGAGGCGCUGAUGUCCACCGUGAGGAAAUUGUUACCGAAUUUACCGGGAAACACUGGCACCGGCAGUCGUAGAGACAGACUGGGCAUCGAUGAUGUUUUAGUCGCCAUCGAGAAAACGAAACCCGUCUCCAAAAACUUGGCGAACAAACACGAGAAGUGGCAGAACGAGAUGGGCUGCUCUUAAACGUACUGAAGGCGAGACUGGUUCAGACGUAUCUGUACGAAGUAGAUAGUACAUUUAGAAUUGAAUUUUUAAAGAAAAUUUAAUUGGUUGUUUGUAAAAUCGUCAGUAGCAGAACUAUUCGAACUGCUAGCUCUGACGUCACGAGAGAAGAGACAUAAAUGUCACAAGCCAAUGUUUGGGCCGAUUGUGCCUCUCUUUCUAGCGCUCUCGCUUACACGCUUAGGCUCAGACGGAACGUGACACUUUUUCGUGCGUGCAGCCGGUGUUCAUCGAUUUAUAGGAUGUUAUCACGUCAGAAACAUUGUUGAAUUGUAUAAUUUUUUUGGCGAUCGACGAGAAGAGCGUCUCGAGGGUUGCUAGUCGUUAUUUUAAGGAAAUUAGAAAAGUCAGACUAAUUUCUCAAGAUAUGACAAUAGUAUUACUUGCCUACUUGGGAAUCUCUUAGGAGGGAUGCGAUCUAAUUGUUUAUAAUAUACAUAUUUUCUUGAUAAUUAACAUCCUUCCAAAAUUACGAUUAUUGCCUCGUAAUUCCAGCGUCUUCAAACAUCUAACGAUUAUGACAUGAAUGAUUAUGAUAACUUAUGAGUCGAUGAAUAUAAAAUAUACAUACAAACUAACCACUGCAACCAAAACUGUUUAGCGUUUAAUUUUGAAACAAAAUAAUGGUGUAAUUCUGUUCAAAAACUUUUCUUCUUAUUACCAUUACGUCAGCAAUGUUUAUAAAUACAUAUUUAUACUUUUUGGUACCGCAUUUAGAUGCAAGUUAACGCAAAGAGCCACAGACUUGCCGCCUGCAAGCUUAGUGCGAGUUUUUUAACGUUCUCGAUAACGUAAAAGUUAACUCAAAUUUGCAUGGAGUUGGAACGUUUGCCGCUAGGGGAUUUGUUGCCACAAUGGUCUUAAAAUAAAACAGCGAUAUCUUUGUAACUUUUAAUGACUCGUAAAAUAAACAUUUUUGAUAUCUAUACAAAAUA